AUGGCGACUUUCGCACGCCCGGUGGCCUCCGCAAUCGCGGGGAUCAACUUUGAUGUAUAUUCCGACGAAGACAUCAAAGCGAUCUCUGUAAAGCGAAUUCAUAAUACUCCCACUCUGGAUUCGUUUAACAAUCCUGUGCCUGGUGGUCUAUAUGAUCCUGCGAUGGGUGCUUUGCUCGACCAUGCCUGCACGACAUGUCAUUUGAGUACCUGGUCUUGUACUGGUCACCCAGGACACAUCGAACUUCCGGUACAUGUGUAUAAUGUAACGCAUCUCGACCAGCUCUACCGUUUACUGCGAGCGCAAUGUGUUUUCUGCCAUCGCUUCCAAAUGGCUCGUACCCAGGUCAACCUUUACGUUUGCAAGUUGCGCCUUUUGCAAUAUGGAUUAGUCGAUGCGGUAGCAGUUGUUGAUUCGAUGGGGGCAAAAACAGCAACCUCUAGGAAGACUAAGGAUGCGGAUGGAUCCGAUGGCGAAGAAGAUGAAGACGAAGAUGAUUUGAUCACUCGAAGGAAUUCAUAUGUCAAGAGGUGCAUCCGAGAAGCACAGGCAGCUGGAAUGCUGAAGAGUGUAAUGGCUGGAGUGAAAAACCCUUUAGCUAUGGAGAAAAGACGAGACUUGGUCAAGGAAUUCUUCAAGGAUGUCGUGGCUGCUAAAAAGUGUGCUAGCUGCAGUGGAAUUUCGCCAGGCUAUCGAAAAGAUCGGGCAUCCAAGAUUUUCCGUCGGCCGUUCACGGAGAAGGCCCGACAGGCCAUGAUUCAAGCGGGGCUACAGAUACCAAACUCUUUAAUCCUUCUUCAGCAAGCGAAGAAGCUGAACGUCAAAGAGAAAAAGGCGCCGGCAAACGGUAUCUCUGACACUGCCAGUGUUACUUCGGAGGCUCAUGGCGCGGAAGAAGAAGUUGCGCGCGGGAAUGCGGUGAUAACCCAGAUGGAGGGUAAAAAGCAGGGCGCUGGCGACACUCAACAAUAUAUGCCAUCGUCCGAGGUUCACGCAGCAAUAACUCUCCUUUUUGAGAAGGAGAGCGAGGUCCUGAACCUCGUGUACAACUCUCGACCUACGCUAAAAAAGGAUUCUAAAGUCACAGCGGACAUGUUUUUUAUCAAGAAUAUUGUGGUGCCGCCCAACAAAUAUCGACCGGCUGCGCAGCAGCAAGGAGGUUCGAUCAUGGAAGCACAGCAGAACACCCCGUUAACACAAAUUUUGAAGAACUGCGACAUUAUCAAUCAAAUUAGCAAAGAAAGGCAGAGCCAGGGCGCCGAUUCAGUCACUCGUGUCCGGGAUUACCGGGAUCUUCUACACGCGAUCGUUCAGCUCCAGGACACUGUCAAUGGCUUAAUUGAUCGUGACCGGAAUGGCCAAACAGGGUCUGCAGCAGCAAAUUCCGCAAAUGGUAUCAAGCAGAUCCUGGAAAAGAAGGAGGGGUUGUUCCGAAAGAAUAUGAUGGGAAAACGUGUGAACUUUGCUGCUCGCAGUGUUAUUUCACCUGACCCGAACAUUGAGACCAAUGAGAUUGGCGUACCGAUGGUGUUCGCGAAGAAAUUGACUUACCCAGAGCCCGUCACCAACCACAACUUCUGGGAGCUGAAGCAAGCGGUCAUCAAUGGGCCCGACAAGUACCCUGGCGCCAUGGCCAUUGAAAAUGAGUUAGGGCAAGUCACUAAUCUCAAGUUCAAGAGCCUUGACGAGCGGAUAGCGCUGGCAAACCAACUUCUAGCGCCGUCAAACUGGAGGAUGAAAGGCUCGCGCAAUAAGAAGGUCUACCGCCAUCUCACCACUGGGGACGUCGUCUUGAUGAACCGACAACCCACAUUGCACAAGCCCUCUAUCAUGGGCCACAAGGCUCGUGUACUCCCCAACGAGAAGACAAUUCGAAUGCACUAUGCCAACUGUAAUACUUACAAUGCGGAUUUCGAUGGUGACGAGAUGAACAUGCACUUCCCUCAGAAUGAGCUUGCUAGGACAGAAGCAAUGAUGCUUGCGGAUGCGGACCACCAGUAUCUCGUUGCGACUUCGGGCAAACCCCUUAGAGGUUUGAUUCAGGAUCACAUUUCGAUGGGCACAUGGUUCACUUGUCGAGAUGCCUUUUUCGACAGGGAAGAUUACCACGAGCUGCUAUACAGCUGCUUGAGACCCGAAAAUUCCCAUACAGUCUCGGAAAGGAUUCAAGUCGUUAGUCCCGCAGUAAUCCGGCCCAAAGCUCUCUGGACCGGAAAGCAGGUUAUUACAACAAUUCUCAAGAAUAUCAUGCCCCCCGCUAGAUCCGGGCUCAACCUGAAAAGUAAGUCCUCAACUCCAGGAGAUCGCUGGGGCAAGGACAACGAAGAAGACCAGGUCAUAUUCAAAGACGGAGAGAUGCUUUGCGGAAUCUUAGAUAAGAAGCAAAUCGGGCCUACCGCAGGUGGAUUAAUUGACUCUAUCCACGAAAUUUACGGCCACACCGUUGCUGGAAAAUUAAUCAGUAUACUUGGACGACUUUUGACAAGAUUCUUGAACAUGCGCGCCUUUACCUGUGGUAUCGACGAUCUUCGGCUCACAAACGAGGGAAAUCGCCUGCGAAAAGAGAAACUCAGCGAGGCUCCGAAGAUGGGCCGCGAUGUUGCUUUGAAAUACGUGACACUUGACCAAACUACGGUGCCUAACGAGGAUGCUGAGCUACGACGACGUUUAGAAGAGGUUUCGCGUGACGAUGUCAAGCAGAGCGGUUUGGAUAGCGUAUCUAACGCUCGAUCGGCGCAGUUAUCUACUGAAAUCACCAAGGCUUGUCUUCCAAGAGGCCUGGCGAAGCCCUUCCCGUGGAAUCAAAUGCAGUCUAUGACCGUAACGGGAGCAAAGGGUUCCGCGGUUAACGCAAAUCUGAUUUCUUGCAACCUGGGCCAGCAGGUUCUGGAAGGUCGACGUGUGCCCGUCAUGAUCAGUGGUAAAACCCUUCCUUCCUUUAGAGCGUUUGAUACCAACCCGAUGGCUGGUGGUUACGUCUAUGGCCGAUUCUUGACUGGUAUCAAACCCCAAGAGUACUAUUUCCACGCCAUGGCCGGCCGUGAGGGUCUGAUUGAUACCGCCGUCAAAACCUCUAGAUCUGGUUAUUUGCAACGCUGCUUGAUCAAGGGUAUGGAGGGCUUGCGCGCUGAAUAUGACUCUUCAGUACGAGAGACUUCGGAUGGAUCCAUCAUCCAAUUCCUGUACGGAGAAGAUGGUCUUGAUAUCACGAAGCAGGUUCAUCUGCAAGACUUUGACUUCUUAGCCUCGAACUACCAAUCCAUCAUGGAGCAGGUAAACUUGGAGAAGAAUCACUCGAGGCUGGAGAAAGAAGCGGUGGUAAAUUGGCACAAGGACGCCAUGAAGAAGGUGCGCAAAUCUGGAAAAUUAGAUUCUAUGGACCCUGUUCUGGCUCUUUACCCUCCUGGAGGUAACUUGGGCAGCACAUCCGAGUCAUUUGCCCAGUCACUUAAGAAGUUUGAGGAUGACAACACGAACAAACUCAUUAAGGAUAAGAAGAAGGGUAUCGAUACUAGAUUGACCAAGAAGGCGUUCGACAUUUUGAUGAACAUGAAGUACAUGAAUUCAAUUGUUGACCCAGGCGAAGCUGUCGGAAUUGUGGCUGGUCAGUCUAUCGGUGAACCGUCCACUCAAAUGACCCUGAAUACCUUCCACUUGGCAGGUCACUCUGCGAAGAACGUGACGCUGGGUAUUCCGCGACUUCGUGAAAUCGUGAUGACUGCCAGUAAACAAAUCAUGACUCCAACAAUGACACUGGUUCUCAAUGACGAACUACCUCGGGAACACGGCGAGAGGUUUGCAAAGGCUAUCAGCAAACUCAGCAUUGCCGAAGUCGUCGACAAAGUGCAGGUCAGGGAAAGAAUUUCUACCGGCAGCACAAAGGCGAAGAUUUAUGACAUCGAAAUAUCGUUGUUCCCUGCGGAAGAAUACACCGCAGAGUAUGCGAUUACUAUCCGGGAUGUGCAGUCGACUCUGCAGAACAAGUUCAUUCCCAGGCUAGUGAAGCUCACCAAAUCUGAGCUGAAGAAACGGCAUGAUGAGAAGUCAUUGAGCAACUCGGCUGCACAGCCUGAGAUUGGUGUCUCAGUUGGUACCAUUCAGGAAGCCCCCCGAGGUGGUGACUCUGAGGAGCAGCCUCCUGAUGAUGAUGUCGAGGACGACGAAGACGACGCCAAACGAUCCAAGGGUACUCAGAAUAGGUCGAACCAGGUUUCAUACGAGGGCCCCGAGGACGAUGAAGAGAAAAUGGUGCGACGAAUGGACGCACGCGAAGAUGAAGACGAAGAAAACGUGGGAGAGGAUCGUGAUGUCGAUAUGGAUGACUCUGACGAUGAUUCGGACGACGAGGGCCACACAAAAGACACGAGAUUGCGUGAGGAAGACGUCCGGUCUAAGUUCGCCGAGGUUACACAGUUCAAGUUCAACCCGCACAAGGGCUCAUCCUGCACUAUCCAGUUGCAGUACGAUAUCUCUACCCCUAAGCUCCUCCUCCUACCUCUGGUCGAGUCAGCCGCCCGCACUGCAGUCAUCCAGUCCAUCCCUGGUCUCGGAAACUGUACAUUUGUGGAAGCAGAUGAGGCUAAGGGCGAACCUGCUUGUGUCGUCACUGACGGUGUCAACUUACUUGCCAUGCGUGACUACCAAGACAUCAUCACACCUCAUUCCAUGUACACGAACUCCAUUGACCACAUGCUCACCCACUACGGUGUUGAAGCUGCUCGUGCAUCCAUCGUUAGGGAAAUGGAUGCCGUUUUCGGGGGCCACAGUAUCUCCGUCGAUAACCGCCACUUGAACUUGAUCGGUGACGUGAUGACACACUCUGGCGGUUUCCGCGCUUUCAACCGUAACCAGCUUGUCAAGGAUAUCUCAUCGCCUCUGGCUAAGAUGAGUUUCGAGACAACGGUUGGAUUCCUCAAGGAGGCGGUCUUGGAGCGGGAUUGGGAUAACCUAAACAACCCUAGUAGUAGGAUUGUUGUCGGCCGGACCGGAACCAUCGGCACAGGUGCAUUUGAUGUCCUUGCUCCUGUGGCAUAG